ACCCUGCAGAAAUUCGUCACUUCCCGUAUAGUAAACUGAUGACAUGUUGUGAAAAUCUCAAAUAUUUAUUUUGUCCUGAGAUUUCUGUCAGCAUUUGCAACAGAUUUCAUCAUACUUAAGCAUUGAUCAGCAGUCAAAUUCUACAUAUUUUGCAUUAGAUAGUUAGUUAUCCGCGACAUGGGAACGAUCUAAACCUGCUGAAGAAUGUGAUUCCAAGUGACACUGCCACUGGCCUACGUAGCAUGUGAUUUUUGUGGACUUUAUGUCAAGCUGGGCAUAUAAGUUUCACCUUUGACACUUGACUAUUAAGAAGAUUCUAGACAGUAUUAUUUGUGAAAAUUAACAAGAGAAAAGACUAUUAGUCUUAUUUAUUUAUCUUUACAAUACUGCAUGGAACAAUUAUAUUGUUAUAGUAUAUGAAAGGAAGAUAUUCUGGUAUUUUAACUGUGAAAAAUGGCUGGAGCAUUGGAGAAUGGUGUAGAUACACUGUAUCAUCAGGAAGUUGAUAAUGAACCAAUGGAAAAUGGGGGAAAUCUCUUCGCCCCAGACAAUGAAGUGGAAAUGGAUGUCCCUAAUAUAACUAUGAAGACUGCCCUUGUGAGUCCAACCAGUGAAGAGUAUGACUAUAUCCUUGAAACUAUAAAGGAACAAGUUGAGGAAGGACAGGGGGAGACAAUCUAUGAACUUGGUACUGGUGAAGGAGACCCUCCUGGUUUAACAGUGGAAGACAUGCAAGCAUCUAUUGCCACUUUGAAAAGUAUAGCAGACUCACUAAAUUAUGAAAUAGUGCAGCUUAGAGAGAGACAUGAAAAAGAAGGGCUUGUUACAGAGUUUUUAUUGAGGAAAAAACUAGAUAUACAAGACUUUAUGGAAAUAAGGGUAGCAGUUGUUGGAAAUGUAGAUGCUGGCAAGAGUACAUUACUUGGUGUGUUAACACAUGGGGAACUUGACAAUGGACGUGGUCUUGCUAGAAUGAAGUUAUUCCGUCACAAACAUGAGAUGGAGUCAGGGAGAACAAGUAGUGUAGGCAAUGAUAUACUAGGGUUUGAUGCUGGAGGAAAUGUUGUCAACAAAUCUGAUCAUGGUCAUUUAGACUGGGUGAAAAUUUGUGAACAAUCUGCCAAGGUGAUAACAUUUAUUGAUUUGGCUGGUCAUGAAAAAUAUUUGAAGACAACAGUGUUUGGAAUGACUGGACAUGCUCCAGACUUUGCUAUGCUUAUGAUUGGUGCUAAUGCCGGUAUUAUAGGAAUGACAAAGGAGCACCUAGGUCUAGCUCUUGCACUUCAGGUUCCAGUGUUUGUUGUUGUAACAAAGAUUGACAUGUGUCCUGCAAAUGUCUUAGAUGAUACACUGAAAUUGUUACAGAGGAUUCUCAAGUCCCCUGGCUGCAGGAAAAUGCCACUUCUAGUCCUGAACAAAGAUGAUGUUGUUUGUUCAGCAACCAAUUUUUCAUCAGAAAGGAUGUGUCCAAUAUUCCAGGUCUCUAAUGUUAGUGGCGAAAAUAUGGACUUACUAAAAAUGUUUCUUAAUUUAUUAUCAACACGGUUACGGUGUAAUCUUGGAAGUCCUGCUGAAUUCCAGAUUGAUGACACAUUCUCAGUACCAGGAGUUGGUACAGUUGUUUCUGGGACACUGCUUCAGGGAUAUGUGAAGCUUAAUGAUACACUAAUGUUGGGGCCUGACCCCUUAGGACAGUUUCAGCCAAUGGUUAUAAAAAGUAUUCACAGGAAGAGAAUGCCAGUAAAGGAGGUCAGGGGUGGACAAACUGCUUCUUUUGCUCUCAAAAAGAUAAAGAGAUCAUCAAUACGUAAAGGUAUGGUAAUGGUUUCUCCAAAACUGGACCCCAAGGCAUGCUGGGAGUUUGAGGGGGAAAUACUUGUGUUGCAUCAUCCAACCACAAUCAGUGUCAAGUAUCAAGCUAUGGUUCAUGUUGGGAGUGUACGGCAAACAGCAACAAUUAUUUCAAUGACAAGUGAACAUUUACGGACAGGUGAUAAAGCCAUUGUUAGAUUUAGGUUUAUAAAGAAUCCCGAGUAUUUAAGGCCUGAUAUGAGAAUGGUUUUCCGGGAAGGGCGAACAAAAGCUAUAGGUACUGUUUCAAAGUUGUACCCACAUGUUCGAGCGGUAGCACAAAAUACACGACAACACCGGGCUCAAAAGAAAGCACAGGAGGCCGGGCAUACAGGUGCUCGUAUGCCUCAACAUGAACCUCAAAAACCAUCCAAGAAACGACGUGGAACAAAAAAGAAAAUGGGAGAAAAUCUCGAUAUAAAGGAAAAUGAUAUGGAAGCAGGGCCAUCUGAAGGUUAAAUUUAUUGAGGAAAAAAGAUAACAACUAGAAAAAUUAUUUGAUCAAAACAAUCAUUGAAUAUCCAACAAUGGCUUCUAAGUAUUGUAACAUGUUUAUGUUAUAAGUGUUAAGUAUUCCUUUGAAAUCGGCAUGAAAUACCAAGCUAUCAUAAAUUUGUCAUACCCCACCAAAGUGAAAUUAUGGAUUUUAAUAAUAUUUUGUACAAAGAUGUAACAUUAAAUAUGUGUCAUGUUUUAA